UACAGUUUUUCAGGGGCAGGAAGUGCAGCUAUUGCUUGAUUUUCUUUAUGAAAAUUGAUGCAAUCACCCCUAACUCGUAUCUAAGCAGCUUCAAUGAAUAAGAUCUAGAAAUGUUGCUCAUCUGGCACUAGCAGCAGUCUUGAUAAGUGUUUAAAGAUGGACGAAGCAUAUGUUUUGGAAGAUAUUUUUUCCGUAAAUGUGAGAGUAUUAGCUGGUGUAUCUCUAUUACUUGCUUUUAUCAUCGGCAUUGUUGGCAACCUCGUAGUAUUGUGUGUUAUAAUUAGGACUCUUGGAAAAAAAAAGAAUAUCCCUAACAUUUUAAUCUUAGUCUUAACAACUGUUGAUAUUUUGUUAGUUACAGUCACGUACGUGCAACCAUUGAUCACUUACCUACAUGGAAAAUAUAUUGGUGGUUAUCUGGUCUGUAAUAUACACGCUUCCGUUGUUUUGUUUUUUAAUAGCAUGUCUAUUAUUGUUGUUAUAAGCAUGGCAAUUGAUAGGUAUUUUGCAGUAUCGCGGCCUUACUGCUACCAAGAAAAGAUGGUGUCCAAUGCAACUAAAAUAAUCAUAUUUAUCUUAGUAAACAUGACCAUAUCUGCUGCGAUAUCGAUACCUCCUUUUCUUGGGUUUGGUACCAACACCUUAUAUUAUCCUGGUACCUAUUGUAUGUUUACCCUUCAACCAACAAAUGACCGUGACCGGACAAUGCUGAUGGGUUAUUUAAUUGCAUUUACCAUAAUGAUACUAUUAGUCAUCGUUGCAAACAUCGGCGGCUCGAUUAGCGUUUACGAAAUGAUUUCAUUUCGAACUCAAUAUUCAACUUCGCAAAGUACAGACCAGACUGACAGUGAGGAGUACUUAUUUCUGCGUUUGUCCAUAGUCACCAUGGCAACAUUUUUAAUUUUAUGGUUCCCGCUAUAUGUAUGUCUGUGCAUUUCUUUAUCAAAAACAGAAUACCCAGAUUGGUAUGGUAUGCUGUCUAUUCGUUUAGCUGCAUUACAGGGUGUGAUAAACCCAUGGUUGCAUCCUAUAUUAAGGAGAAAAUUUCGAAGAUCAUUUUGUUGGAUGUUUCAUUCUACCAUUAGUUAUCUUACAUGUAAACUUGUUACUCCACCGCAAGACACAUUAGAUUUUAUUUUGAGCGGUGAGACCAGAAAUAAUAACAACAUUCAGUUAGAGAACAUAAAUGAAAUGAGUGGAAACGUUCUGUUUGACCUGGCACAGAGGAAUAUAGUUGAUUACGUUGACGCCCUUGGAGGAACGAAAACUGCGGAGGAACAUGAUGAAAUAUUUGAUAUUGAAAUGAAUAACAUUUCUAAAGACGUUGUUACGAGUAGUGAAGAUGCGCUUGAUACAAAAUUUUGACCUUUAAUUUUAAAUCAAAUGAAAAUGUAUUUUCUUGUGAAGACUUUUGCAACGGUAUGGAAUUCUAGAAAAAGAAAAUUGCUUGCGUCUUAUAAUAAAUACACGAUAGCUAAAAGAUUUCCACUCUUUUGUGCGAAGAAAAA